AAAGUUUCAUCAAUCAUCACAAAAUAAAACAUCUCUUCCUUUAUCAUAGAAGCUGAGAGAAAACAAGAUUUCCAUUUCAUUCAUCAGAAAAAUGAAGAUCCAUAUGCCUGAUCAGGUUAUUGGAGUUCCGAUGAAAUCCUCAACACAUCGAAUUGAGGGAACAUCGAGAUUCUACUUACCGGAUGCUGCUGGCCAGUAUCGAAUUCCAUCACCUGUUGAAGGGUCUAACACACUUAGAAAAAGCAAAGGAAACUUUGUACUUAAAAGGAUGAACAAGGUUGGGAAGAAGGCUGAUACUUUUGCACAUGGAAUCCGGGAACUUGUGAGGCUGGGGCGAAAGAUCAGUGAAACAGUGAAGGGAAAGUUGAGUUUGGGGGCAAGAAUUCUUCAAGUAGGAGGUGUGGAUAAGAUAUUCAAACAAUUGUUUAGUGUUGGGGAAGGAGAGAAGCUGAUGAAGGCAUACCAAUGCUAUUUGUCAACAACAGCAGGUCCUAUAGCUGGUUUACUUUUCAUCUCAUCUCAAAAGGUUGCAUUUUGCAAUGAUAGAUUGAUCAAAAUUCCUUCUCCUAAUGGAGAAUUCCUCAGAGUCCAUUACAAGGUUAUGAUUCCACUUGAGAAAAUAAAGGUACUGAAUGAGAGUGAAAACAUGAAGAAGCCAUCACAAAAGUACAUGGAAAUCGUGACGGUAGACGAUUUUGAUUUCUGGUUUAUGGGGUUCUUGAAUCAUCAGAAAGCUUUCAAAUACCUUCAGCAAGCAAUCUCUCAAAGACUACUACCUGAUGUACUGCUACAAUUCACUUUCUAGGUGGCUUACAAAUGUUUCAUCAAAUUGUUCUUGUUGAUGAACUGUGAA